UGAACCUUCCUCGGCCUUUGACCUACGCAAUACCCAAACUCCCGCAGGCAUGUACAUAACCGCUUCACAACCACAUGCGAAUUUGCCAUGGCCUUGAAAAGAGAGCACUCGCCUCCCUCUGACGUUUCCACAACCAUCUUUCGCUCCGAAAAGAUUCAGCACGAGACAUCAGCAUUCAUAGGCGCAUUCUCACCUACCCUCUCGGCCAAAGCACUUCAAACCCUUCCGGAGUUCAGGACAGCAUCGCACAAAAUUGCAGCAUGGCGAACGCGUUCCAAGCAGAAAUCUCUGACCCCUGCAUCUAAAGUUCUAUAUGACCUAGGCCACGACGAUGAUGGCGAGAAGUGGGCUGGCAGCAGGCUUCAGCACGUGCUCAACGAUACGGGCACAGAAGGUGUUGUGGUAGUCGCUCGCUGGUACGGCGGUCAGAACAUUGGACCCAUCCGGUUCACUCACAUCGAAACUUGCGCAAAGCAAGCAAUCUGGAGCUGGAAAGUUGCCGACGAUGCAGCAAAGAAAGAGCAUGCAGCCAAGAAGCACAAGGUUGAAGAAGAGACGACAAGGAAAGAGCUUGAGGAGAACCUACAAGAGCGAGAUCUGAACAUCUUUGUGUUGCGGAAAUUGCUCGCGGAUAAGAAAGCCAAAUUGGAGGAUACGGAACCGGCACCUCCGACGCCUUCAAAGUCUCUCCAGGACUACAGCAAGAUGUCGAUGGAGGCUUUGAACAGAGCGGACAAGGCCCGAGAUGCAACAAUAGGUUUCAUACUAAAGCAGAUUGAUAAGGUUGAUGAAGAGUUAAAGCUUGCCAAGGAACUGGACGAAACCACAGAGGAUGACUGGAAAGAUGCCGAGGAGGCCUCUGCAGAAAGGGCAGCAGCUGAUUCGGGCAGCAGAGAUGAUGGAAAAUGAUCAGCGGAGAAUAACAUUUGGAUUCUGCCUGUGACUACACCCACGGCUGCCUCAGCAUCUACUCGCCGACCCACAUUAUCGCCAUUCAGAUUCACUAUAGUUUACUAGGAACUCGGCCACUGCUAUCCAACAUGUUACCAGGUUUUCCAGACGCUCGAUCGGACCACAAUUGAACCAUCACAAUCACCUACAGGCUGAUU